GCGCAGGGGGCGUGGCCGGAGGCGGGGCCGAGGUGGUGAGGCGGGGCUCGCAGCAGUGCGCCGAGCUCCGCUGCAGCUUCACCGGCGGGUCUCGUGGCAGGCGGGCGGCUCGGUCGCUUCCUUAGGUCCCAUGGCAGCCCUCAGCACCCCUGCUGAAUGCGGCUACAUCCGGACGGUCCUGGGUCAGCAGAUCCUGGGGCAGCUGGACAGCUCCAGCCUGGCUCUGCCCUCCGAGGCCAAGCUGAAGCUGACGGGGAGCAGCGGCCACACUGGCCAGGCGGCCAAGAGCCUGCGGAUCCAGGAACAGGUGCAGCAGACCCUGGCCCGGAAGGGCCGCAGCUUCGUGGGCAAUGGAAGCCUUCACCGAACCAGCAGUGUUCCUGAGUAUGUCUACAACCUACACUUAGUUGAAAAUGAUUUUGCUGUUGGGCGUUCCCCUGUUACCAAAACCUAUGACGUGCUAAAGUCAGGCGUAACCUCGGCUUAUGAAGGUCAUUGGGGGAGAGGAACUACGCGGUACAAUUCACAGAGGUCGGUGGAAGAAAGAUUCUUGAGGCAGCCUCUGAGAAGACUGGAGAUUUCUCCAGACAGCAGCCCUGAGAGGGGUCAUUACUCCCACAGCGACCACCAGUACAGCCAGAGAAGCCAUGCCGGCCACACACUGCGGCAUGAAGACAGCAGGAGAUCCACCCUCCUUAUGCCCCCAAGAUACGCGCGCUCAGAAAUUGUGGGUUUCACCUCCCGGCCUGUGAGCAGGCAGCGCUACUAUGACACUUAUCACAGACAGGUCCAGUAUGGGUCUGUUAACGACAGCGUCUUUGACAGUGCCCCUCUCAACCCAGUGGUGCUCACGUACCCCAGGCCUGGGACCAGUCACAGCCUGAACAACCUCUUGGAGAAGGAGAACUACUUAGCUUCGGGGCCUGCCCCUGGGCAGGUCAGGCCGCUGGUGCCUCUGCAGCCCAUCACUCAGAACAGGGGCGCUCGGUCCUCCUGGCAUCAGAGCUCCUUCCACAGUACCCGCACGGUGCGGGAAGCCGGGCCUAGUGUCACUGUAGAUGCAGGCGGAAGGAGGACGCACAUGACCGUUGGCCAGGUAGCAGCCGGAGGAAGUGGGACCAUGCACAGCGAGAGAGCCACUUACAGCGACUCCCAGAUCAGGAAUGCAGACGUGGAGAUGACUCUGGAGCGGGCAGUGAGUAUGCUGGAUGCAGACCACACACCCCCUGCCAGGAUUUCGGUGGCAGCCACCUUCAUACAGCAUGAGUGCUUCCAGAAAUCUGAAGCGCGGAAAAGGGUCAAUCAGCUUCACGGCAUCCCGAAGCUCCUGCAGCUCCUAAAAUUUCAGAAUGAAGAUGUUCAGAGAGCCGUGUGUGGAGCCUUGAGGAACUUGGUAUUUGAAGACAAUGACAACAAAGUGGAGGUGGCUGAGCUCAACGGGGUACCUCGGCUGCUGCAGGUGCUGAAGCAAACCAGAGACCUGGAGACUAAGAAACAAAUAACAGGUUUGCUGUGGAACUUGUCCUCCAGUGACAAACUCAAGAACCUCAUGAUAACAGAAGCCUUGCUUAUCCUGACUGAAAACAUCAUCAUCCCCUAUUCGGGGUGGCCAGAAGGAGACUACCCCAAAGCAAAUGGUGUGUUGGAUUUCGACAUAUUCUACAAUGUCACAGGAUGCCUAAGAAACAUGAGUUCAGCUGGCCCUGAUGGGAGGAAGGUGAUGAGAAGCUGUGAUGGACUCAUUGACUCACUGGUCCAUUAUGUCCGAGGAACCAUUGCAGAUUACCAGCCAGAUGACAAGGCCACAGAAAACUGUGUGUGUAUUCUUCAUAACCUCUCCUACCAGCUGGAGGCAGAGCUCCCAGAGAGAUAUUCGCAGAGUGCCUAUAUUCAAAACCGGAACAUCCAGACGGACAACAACAAAAGUAUUGGGUGUUUUGGCAAUCGGAGCAGGAAAGUUAAAGAGUACCAGGACAUGCCUCUGCCCGAGGAGAAGAGCAACCCCAGGGGCGUGGAGUGGCUGUGGCACUCCAUCGUGGUGCGGAUGUACCUCUCCUUGAUCGCCAAGAGCGUCCGCAGCUACACCCAGGAAGCAUCUCUGGGAGCCCUCCAGAAUCUCACGGCCGGAAAUGGACCCAUGCCGAUGUCUGUAGCACAGGCAGUGGUCCAGAAGGAGAAUGGCCUUCAGCACACCCGGAAGAUGCUGCAUAUUGGUGAUGCUAAUGUGAAAAAGACUGCGGUCUCCCUGCUGAGGAAUUUGUCUCGGAAUCUUUCCCUGCGCAAUGAAAUCGCCAAAGAAACUCUACCUGAUUUGGUUUCCAUAAUUCCCGACACAGUUCCGACUGCUGACGUUCUCAUUGAAACUACAGCCUCUGCCUGUUAUACACUGAACAACAUAAUCCAGACCAGUUACCAGAAUGCCCGGGACCUUCUGAACACCGGGGGCCUGCACAAAAUCAUGGCCAUCAGCGCAGACGAUAGCUAUGGCUCCAACAAAGCAAGUAAAGCGGCUUCUGUUCUCUUAUAUUCUCUGUGGAUGCACACGGAGCUCCAUAAUGCCUACAAGAAGGCUCAGUUUAAGAAGACAGAUUUCGUCAACAGCCGGACUGCCAAAGCCUACCACUCCGUUAAAGACUGAGGCAAGUGAAACAGGGCUCUCAGAAAUACCAACCUCACCAUUCUCAGCCACAAAAAAACCGCAAAGGAAAACACCUAUUUUUCUACUUCCCAGUUCAAGAAACUUCAAGAAGAGUCUGCCCUGUUUUUAUCCUUUUCUGUUUCCAUGGUCCCCC